GUUUUUUUUCUUUGCAGUUUUCUUUGUCUGUUGAAAAAGACACUUUUUUUCUUCUUUAUUAUUUCACAUUCUGUGCAAAUUGGUUCAAUGUCGGCAAACAAUUCUCUGGAAAUCACACUCCGUCCUUAUAGGCCCUCAGAUGCUGAGGACUUCUUGACGUAUGCCGGUGAUGAAAAGGUAACACAAUUCACUCGUUGGAACACAUUCACCUCUAAGGAAGAAGCACUUUCCUACAUCAAGGAUUUUUGCAUCCCUCACCCUUAUUGCAGAUCCAUCUGCAUCCAUGACCGUUCGAUCGGAUUUCUCUUCAUCAAGCCACAAGGUGGUGAUGACAAGUGUCGAGCAGAGGUGGGAUACGCGUUAGCUGCUGAGUACUGGGGACAAGGCAUAGCAACCAGAGCUGUGAAGAUGGCCAUAAGUGAUGGGUUUAAAGAGCUCACUGAUUUGGUCAGAAUGCAAGCUCUGGUUUUGGUGGAGAACAAGGCCUCCCAGAGGGUGUUGGAGAAACUUGGGUUCUACAAGGAAGGCCUCUUGAGGAAGUAUACUUUUCACAAAGGUGCAGUUCAAGAUGUUUUCAUGUAUAGUCUUCUGUCCUCUGAUUCUAUGCCUUGAAACUCACGUUUUCAUGCUAGCUAGCUUGUUGAAGCAUUUGCAGUCAGGCUUGUAUGGUAUUGAAUUACAAUUCAGAUAAUUGUCUACCUUUGUAAGUACUUUUACAAUGCCUCUAGCAUAUUGCUAGGCAAUUUAUUCCACCCACCAAUAGUCCUAAAAAAACUUAAUUGGACAUCCUGACACAUGACAGGCUAAGUGACAAGUACCGUCAGUUAAAACAUAACAUGUGUUACAAGUUGUUAUUUAUAAUUCAGAUUCAUAAACAUGUUAUAUUUUAACUAGACAAUAUUUGUUAUUCGGGAUGGAACUAUGUUCGGAGUUGGCCAGACUUUAGCUCAA